GACAGAAUGCAAAACUUUGGAGGUCGAGUGUGUCUGACUGAAAAUCGAUUAGGACCAAAUUAUGUUGCUAAUCGUGCUUUAAAGAAAGAAGAGAAAUGGUUAGAAAAAGUCUCGGGUGAUUGUCAAAGACAACUCAGUCGAGAAGAAGCUAAAAUGAGAAAAAGUUUAGAACGACUAAAGGCUGUGAAGAGUAAUACGAAAUCUAAGAUGUUUGUCAAUGGUGCUACCCCGAUACCCAGUCGGCUAGGCGGUCAUGCCUCACACUAUGAGCGUGAUAAUAUCAGUCAACAAUCCCAUCACAAGCCAUCACGCUCUAACUAUCAUGACACCAGUGGUCGGCAUGGUCCACCCAGCCACCAUCCCGAUGCUCAGCAUAGUUCUCGGAAAAUGGUCCGUUCAAAAAUGAAAAUUGGUGAUCAUCAUCAAGCAAAUAACGAGAGUAUUCCUCCACAACGAAGUGGCCGAGUGUAUCGUUCUGGUCAGCACCCUAUUCAGCACGAUCCAGCAAGCCAGUUCAACCCUGCUGUUGCACAUCUUAAUAUUAAGCACAAUCCUGGACAACAUCAAGAUGUACACAAUGAUGGGGGGACAUCAGUAAAGCUUACGCUUCCACAAAUACAAAACUUGAACGAAGCUAUGGCUCAUCUCCAUGUUCCAAUGACUACUAUAACAGUAGAUGACCAUGAUCAUGAUGAUCAUGUAAGCUCACCAGGUAGUCAUAGUCGAGUUUCAAAGAAUAACACAUCAAGUAUGAGAAAUAUUUAUGAUGAAGCUAUACAAAAAAUAACAACUGUUCAUGACCCAUCACCAAGAUUUUCUGAAAACAAUUCUACAUCAUCUAUGCAGUCAGAAUCAAGGAGACAUAGGAACUCUGUGGAUAAGUUACCAGAGAUAGAUAAACACGCCUUUCGAGACCUAGAAAAUAUUGUUAAAGAAGCAAAACAGCGAAAAAAAGAAGUUGGAGCUUCUAACUACGCCAGCCGACAUAACAGAAGAAGGCUUCAACAUCUUGAACAACUACUUGAAGAGUUGCGUCCUCGUGUCAAGGCAGAAAUACCGUUUGAUCCCGUUAGUAUCUUAGAAUGUCGUUAUUUACGACUGUCUAAAGCUAAUGUAGAAAAUUUAGAGAAUAUGAUAAGAGAGAAAGGAAUGGAUCCAGUCGAUUUCAUACAUUUUAAAGAGAAUUGA